CCCACCACAGCUGUCACAUGGUGUGGAUUUCCGUUUUGACGCAUUUUACUUUUAGCUGCAGGGCAGGGCCACAGAAACUCUAAAAAGCUGCAGCAGCGCGACUUGAUGAUGCUUUGAGGACUACUCUACCAAGCAGUCCACCAUGAAUUUCAAUGGACUUCAACGCCAGAGUAGCCAAGACAAUUACAUUCUGGAUAAUGCUCACAAGAAGAAAAGCUCUCUAUGGUACCGGCGUUCACUGAGGGGAAACAGUGAUCGACACCGGCAGAACACAAGCUCGCUGCCCAGGGUAUGCAAGCCCAAACAAAUCCGCAGCAAUUCACUGGUUGAUUACUCUGACCCACAAAGGACGACAAUUGUACUGGAAAAGCAAGACAAUGAAACAUUUGGUUUUGAAAUUCAGACCUAUGGCCUGCAGCUAAAGAACAGAUCUGCAGUGGAGAUGUGCACAUUCGUGAGCAAGGUGCAGGAGGACAGUGCUGCUGAGAACGCUGGCCUGACCACAGGAGAUGUUAUUGUCACUAUCAAUGGCAUCAGCAUUGAAGGGUCAUCUCAUCAGCACAUCCUUGAUCUUAUAAGAGAAUCAACCAAUAGUCUAAAGAUGGAGACUGUGUGUGGCAAUGUAGUGAAGCAGAUAGAACUGGAGAAGAGGAUGAACCUGCUCAAGCAGUUACUUAAGGAGAAACUGCUGGAGCUGCAAGGGCUCACAUUACAGGAAAAGCGUCUAAUGCGAGGUAACCUGAAUGACAGCAGCCUCCACCUCUCAAUGGACUCUUCUUUGAGCUCCCCCAUAGGCCACUGUGGCCGGCGUUUUUCUAGUGACAGUAGCUACAGUGUGAUGACAGAUGACAGUGUGUUUGGGGACGCAAGCUCUCCCAGUCCCUGCAGUGCAGUCAGCACCACAGACGGCAGCUGCUUCUUCUCCUCAGAUUUUCCUUCACGGGACCGUUCUGGCACAGUUUCAUCAAACUCCAGCCGUCAUCACCAAUCCCUGAGCCGCUCCAGCAGCACCAGUAUGGGUGAGAGCAACAGCUCCCUCUCUCCUUCUUGGGAGGAAACAAGGAUCUCCUCCUUGUUUGGCACCCUGCCCAGGAAAGGCAGGCGUGUCAGCGUGCGCAAACACAUCUUCAAGUUAAUUCCUGGACUUCAGCGGUCAGUUGAAGAGGAGGAGACGGGAACAAAUACUCAGUGACUUGUUGUUCACGUGCUCCUUGCAUCAACUUGAUGCUAAGGAUUAACAAGGCUUCUCAUGCUCUGAACAGACUGCAGAAAGAAACAGACUCUGCGAUGACAAAGUUCCACACACUUAUAAAUAAUAGUGUGUGCUCUUAUGGAGACAGAGAGGAUGGACCGUGUGGCACUUUGCUUUUGUCAGUGUCAGAGUUUACCUGAGAGGGUCUUGGAGCCUUUAAGGCUCCUUGUUUGUCUUAAACUCAGGCCACAAGAGCAUUAUGAAAAUGUAAAAACAUCUUCCUUUGAAAAAGUGUCUGAAUGAAUGUAUGCAUAACAGAUUGUAAUGUAUAAUAGCCGAACACCUACAAACUUGAACAAAAUCUGAAUUUUGCCUGUGUCGUAUGUCAUAAUCAUUAGCAUUAAUCAGAAAUGUCUGAAUGCAUGUACUCAUGUAGCAUCUUGAUCUUUCAGAAAUAGACUGUGACCCAAAAUACACCUGAAUCUAUGAUAUGAAUCUUAUCAUUCGUUAGUCAGAAUCAUUUUAACGCCUCUCCUGUCACGUUUAUCUGCACUAAACCAAAACCAAAGCGCUACACUGUGUAGAUGGCUGCUCAGCUCAAAACAGGAUGUGGGCAUAACAGCUCUUACCUGUUUUCAUUUCCAAAAUUAUUCUCAGGCCACAUUCAACUCACUUUUGUUCAGAAACACUGAAACCAUCUCUUGUAAAUUCUAAAUGUACUGCAAUUUAUAUGUUUCACUUGAGUAGCAAGAAAAUGCAGCAUUUUAGAGACUUUGUAUUUGACUCAUGCUUUUGCAGUAUGAUUAUGUGAAUGCUAA